CAGAAGGGAAGAUCACACUGUUAAUUCAACACCAAUGCAAUGCAGUCCUGACGAGAAUGCUGAGCAGCAUAUUAACAGCAUCAGCAUUUCCAUUUCACGCCUAUUGAAGAGUGGACAUCACUCUUAAUAGCAUAUCACAAGAUUUCCAUUUCCUGCAGGAUGAUGAUACUCGCAACAGCCUCUCUCUCUCUCUCUCUCUAAAUCUUCAACUUGGUCCAUACAACCAUUUAAUGCAUUAUCCUUGUGUCUUUUGAAAUCUAAAGCUCAAACGACACGCAGGAGAAGAGCAUUACGCAUAAAAGAAAAGAAAGGAAAAGUAAAGAAAAGAGGGAGGGAUAGCAAAAGAGCAUUGAUUGAACUGGUGAAACCCACACAGCACCUGUAAUUAUUGUGUUGGUGUAAACAGAACAAUGGAAACAGCACCAAAUCAAACCAAGCACUGCUUCAAAUCCUCCAUUACACUAAACAGUUCACCUCUUUGAUCACUUCCCUUCAUUUAAGCUUCCAUUCUUAGCUCCACCACCCCCACCCGUGAAUCUGCCCAAGGACCCAUCUUCCCUAUCAGCACAGAAAAAAUAAAAAUAAAAAAAUAACCCUCUCACUCUCUCUCUUUCCCAUACAAAAACACACACGGUACUAUCUGCCAAAAGACGUUCACAUGUUUUUGUUGUUUGUGAAGGAAAAAGGUUACCGAUUUCUCUUGUUUGUUUGCAGUUUGUUCUCCACUAGCUACAGGCCCUCAUUUCAUCAACACACAAACCCAUCUCCAGGUACAAUAAUGCUUCAGAAGCAAUUCAUCCUCAGGUACUAACCAUUUAUCCCAUCCAAAGUCUCCUGGGUUGAAGUGAACUCCUCUCUUAUAUUCAUGGCUGCCAUGAAUCCUCUGGUGCUCCUCUUCCUUCUCUCAUCUCUGUCCAUUCCUUCACUCUCAUCAUCCAAAGCUCAACCAGCAAAACCCAACUCCCAAAUCACUGUAAUGGGUAUUGUUUACUGUGACAUCUGCUCCAACAACACCUUCUCCAGGCACAGCUACUUCUUGCCAGGUGCAGAGGUCAAAAUAGACUGCAGAUUCAAGGUACUUUCACCAAGAACCACAGAAGAGAUUUCAUUCUCUGUCAAAAGAACCACAAACAAGUUUGGCGUUUACAAGUUGGAGAUACCAUCAAUUGAUGGGAUUCAGUGUGCAGCAGAACCAGCAAUAGAGUCGGCCUGCCAGGCAAGUCUGAUGGGGAGUUCAUCCUCUUCAUGUAACGUACCUGGUUACAAAACCACAUCAGAUGAGAUAACCAUCAAAUCAAAACAAGCCAAUCUCUGCAUUUACAGCCUCAAUGCUUUGAAUUUUAGACCAUCCAAGAGAGACAAAUCUUUGUGUGGAAAUGAAAAGAAUUAGGGCUUCUGUGGUUCUCCCCAUCUCACUUGAUCUCCAAAAUGGCAUCAAUAAGAUGAGUUCCUACUUUGUUUAUUGCAUCAGUUUUUUUUUCUUCUUCUUUCUUUUUUGUUUGCUAGGUGUUUAUUGCAUUGCUUGAUUGGGUACAUAAGGUGUUCUAUUUGUCAUAGAAAACUUUUAAGUGCGUAAUGAUGAAGAUCAGCCUUUCAUCUUGGUUCUGCAA